AUGCAUAUCCAAGAGUUCCCCGACACUAUUUUGCUAUUAAUUUUUCGAUGUCUCGGCGAGACAGACUUGUGCCACAUUGCCCAGGUCUGCCGAACAUGGAGGUUGAUCGCGUAUGAUAGUUCACUGUGGAAGUCAGUGAAUCUUAAACGGUUUCAUAAACUCAAUGAAAUGUGCCUUAUCAAGGUAAUUCGCUCUCGGAUGGUGCCAAUGCUAUACAAGCUUAACCUAGGAGGGUUUACGUUGUCGCCAAGAGUUUUUCACGUUCUAGUGGAGAAUUGUCCUAAACUAAGAGUGCUCUGUUUAGAAUCCACGACAUUUGUUGAAGACUUCACGGGGAAGGUGAGUAGUAAAGGGUAGAAAGACCAAAAAGAAAGAAAAACGAAAAAAGAAAAGAAGACAGUGCCAAUUUUUCCGCCGCAACGAGUGGUUGAAUAACGGAGGAAACAACGCGGCAGAUAAGAGGUUGACAACUCGAAGUUAAGAUGUGUAGGUCCGGAUUCAUGUCUUGUUCUUGCGUUGUUUCCUUAGACAACAACUUUGACUCUUUUCACUCGGAACAGGUGCAUGUAUGGGUACCGGCGACACACCACACUGCUAAGGGGAACCCUGUUACGGAGGGGGAGGGAGGGGGAAGGAGAGGGGUGGGGGUGGGGGCAGCAAUGCAGCAAUAUACCAAUACACCUUGGUCUUUCAUGCUACUGAAACCGAAAUAAGCUUCCCACCGUGCAGGCCUCGAUAGCUCAAGUGCGCUUUUACCAAAGAGGUAAUAUCGGACGUGACAGUACAAAGAGAUGCACUUUGGUGUCGCUUCAGCACUUGUUUGUUCCCACCUCGCCCACCCAGACCAGUCACGGCACAAGUGAGAUAAACCAUGACACCAGGGUUUUUCAACCCCGUCACUUUUCGAACAACGUCAGGGGUCUUUUUACGUCCCCUCUGCCUGACAUGUAAGGAUGAUAUUUCAUUUCAAUGACAAAAGUGAGGAAUUCGCUAAUGUUAACUAAAUUUGUUUGUCUCAGUUUUGUUCUAUAAAUAGCAACUGUGUACAGCGACAUUUAAAAAUAUCACCGCGAGAAUGAUCUUACAAGUCUUUCUUUAAAAAAGAAAACAACAACAACAACAGCGAUCGUGGCUGAUUGUCGCCUGGCUUUCACCACGCAACCUCCCACUCAGCAGGCCAGUGACGCGCUUUAUUUCCUGUUAAUUUCUGGCUCAUGUAUUGGAUCAGCACAAAUGACUACAAGAGAGUUACCGUGUAACAUGAAAAUCUUGCGGGAGUUUUAUUUUGCGGAUUGGCGAUUUUUUGUGGUUUGCGGGAACAAAUUUUGGCGGUUCGAGAUGACUGAAAUUUCUGGUAGGAACUAAUUUUUGCGAUUCUCUGUUCAAGUAGCAGAAUAUUUAAGUAGAAGAAACCUUAACAUGGUAUUUUCAACUUUUAUUUUACGGUAUGUUGAGUCAAAGUUCACUCUACUUACAUAUUUAAUGGAGAAUAAUACGGUAAUCACUGUAAUAUCUUACUCCACCAAGGGACUGAACAACAGCAAAACAAAACAAAGGCCUAUCCCUAACAUACACAACAAGUCCAUUAAAAGCAGAGUUUUUAAUUUGACUGAAGGGAGUUAAUUUUUGCAGCGUUUUAUUUUUUCUGCGCGAACUAAUUUUUGCGGAUCGAGGUCAAUCCGCAAAAUUUGCAAAAAUUAGAACCUGCAAAAUUUUCACGCUACACGGUAGAACAAAACAAUUUGUAUGCUAUUUGUAUUUGUUCUAGGAGACAUCGUUCCCGGAAAACCUAUCAAAAUUGGAUAUACGCCACAGCUCUGGACACCCAGGCGCCUUUAGAAUCAUGUCCCAACGUCUACAAACAGUAAAGUGCCUUGGGGUUAGUGAUCAAUUAUUUGAGAGCCUAGAGUUGGAAGUGGAAAAACGAGGGGUUUUUGUCUCGCUGCAAGCUGUAAGAAUACUUGAGUUCAGUUACUGUUCUUCACUCACAGAUCAAAUGGUGCGUUACAUCGCAGAACACUGCAGGUAAAGAAUUUGGGAUGAACGAGAACAUUUUCCCCAUCACUACUCAACAUUUUGGGUGAGAACAGAGAUUUGACUGCCAUUAAGAAUUAACUGAAGGCGGAAUGUUUAAGUCAGUCAAACGAAAACGAGAUGUAACGUUAAUUAACAGCGAGAAGCUAUUUCCUUUCUCUCUGCUGCUGCGUUAUAAGUAAUCUGAAAACUAGGUCUAAGCGUGAAAACUUGCUAAAUUUGCGCAAUCUUAAGCCUGUGUAAUAGGAGAGGUCAUUGCAAGACAGGCAUUGUUUAAUACGAAUCUUGAAAAAUCUUAUUCACAGGAAUCUUAAAUCACUCUGUCUCCGAAGAUGCAACAACAUUCAGGGUGAGAGCCUUCCGAAGCUAAUCGAUAACUGCUCGUCACUGACGUCACUGGUGCUCGAUGGCACGAAUGUUUCGGACAACGCUGUUAUGUCCGUUCGCUGGGAGAAGUCGGUGAUUUCAGAAGUAGACCUAUCUUGGUGCAGACACCUGACUGAAAAUGGUUUAAAAUUCAUGUUACCACGCUGUCGGUUUCUCCGUUAUCUGCGACUCUGCUGUUGUGGGUAGGUUGGGGGUACAACCAAGUAACUAGUCUAGUAAUGGUUUCAUUUAUGCCACCUCUAGAUCAUCAAAACCAUGAAGCUACAACUGCACUGAACUUUACUGACAUGUAACUGUGACAAUGCGUUGUAGCCUCUGGCCUUGGUGGGUCACAACCCUUUGGGAGGGAGAGUAGCACAAAGGCAUACUUGUGACGGAGAGUUGCGAAGACUCUUAUGGCAGGGUCCAUGAAGCUAUGGGGCUGGCUGGGCUAUAGCCAAACCGGGGAUCCUCCUGAAUAAGCUACAGCGCCUUUAGGUAGUCGUUGAGCUUGCGCGUAGCGUAAGCGGGCCCCAACAAUCCAAAACAUGCUUCAAGGUCCCUGUAUGGGCCUUCUGCAACAUGAACCUUCAAAGAUGGUAUUGUUUAUUUUAACAGUUUUGAACUCUCGAGUACGACUAGAAUCCUAAAGCAUUCUGCACCGCUAACUGUGUUUACAUUGAAAAUGACCUUUUUGACAGGCCUUAAAAAACAAAAAAAGGGAUUGGCCAGAGACAACUGUAACAACAACAGCUACUCUAUUCCAAACAGGUAUGGUCACGCAAUCACAGACGAUGUCCUGAAUUCGAUGACUCAAAACCCCUGCUCUUUUUUAGAAGUAUUGGAUCUCAGCUAUAGCAGUGAAGUAACAAACAGCGCCCUCGGAAGAUUCAUAACACACUGCCCUUCGUUGCGAUAUCUGAGAGUCUACCAUUGUCAAAUGCUUACGUCAGCAUUAAUGAGUCUCAUUCCCAGUGACUCACACGUAUUCGUCGUGGCGAACUUUUUCUCGCUGCAGCGAGGGGGGCUAGUGACGAGCGCUACCACGGAGGGCCCGUGGACAGUUUGGUCAGCGCCAAUGAGCUAUUCUCGAACGAUGAGUUUAGAUCAAAGUUUACAAGAGGACUAA